UUUUUCAACUCGCUUUCUCUCACCCAACCACUCGAGUUUUCUUAUUUCUUAAUUCCUCUGCUGAGUUGUUGCUCACUGUAAGUCCCUCGAAACAAAAAUCGGGUUGCUACUUUUCCACCCGAGAAAGGGAAAGGAUAGAGAGGAAAAAGAGGAGGUGAAAACAACCGACUUUAGGAGAAACAGAAUGUGGGAUUUGGACACAAAGGCAAGUGAGCAAAGUUUCUUUCUUCCCUCUGCGUGUGGAAGCUAGCUAGAUACCGAGAUCCCACGGCAUUCUGUUGUUUGGUUUAGAAAUGGCUUGUAAUUAUAUAUAUUUCUUCUAAAAAUCUUUGCACGAGUGUUUGUUGGGGGAAAUUGUUCCGGAGCUGACACAGGCUGGUCUCACAAUAUUCAAUGAUUUCUCGUUUUUUUAUGCCCACAAUAUAUAUUUCUCUCAAGAAAUUGGGUUUUUUGUUGGGGAUUUUGGGUUUAGCUUUAGAUUAUUGGGUUUUACAGUUCAUAUUUAGUCAUCAAUACGCGUUUCGUGUCCGUGUGGAUAUCUUGCUUCUUCUUUGAAUCUUUGCUUACUGUCGCAGUCAGAUCCGUAUCUGGUCUUGCGCCGGAUGCAUACCUGAACAUUCCAGCGGAUCAAGUUGGACAGAGUUGUCGUGAAAGAGGCUUGAACUGCAGAGUUUCCGUGCAAAUUAGUGUUUAGUGUUUGUUGUGGGAAGGAUUUUGUUCUUUCUGUUUCUUAUCCGGAUCAGGCAGAAUUGACAAUAUUUCAAGUACGGCGUUCUAACAUGCUUGUCAGAAGAAGAAGAGCUUAGAUACUUCGAAUUAUUGGGUUUCGAAGGGAGAGACUGGUAGGCUAGACAUGGCCUCUGUUGAGGAGAGGCGGCGUCAUCAUGAUCUUGUGCCUCUCGCUGCAUUGUUAAGCCGAGAGAUGAAGAGUGAGAAGAUGGAGAAGCCCACUGUGAGUUAUGGGCAUGCUGCUCAGUCUAGAAAAGGGGAGGAUUACUAUCUAAUCAAGACUGAUUGUCAGCGAGUGCCUGGGAAUCCUUCAACAGCAUUUUCUGUAUUUGCGAUCUUUGAUGGACACAACGGAAAUGCUGCGGCCAUUUUCAGUAGGGAGCAAUUGUUAAAUCAUGUGUUGAGUGCUGUUCCUCGAGGUCUUGGACGGGAAGAGUGGCUUCAGGCCUUACCUCGGGCCUUAGUGGCUGGGUUUGUGAAGACUGACAAGGAAUUCCAGAGCAGAGGAGAAACUUCUGGAACUACAGCCACGUUUGUGAUAGUGGAUAGAUGGACUGUGACUGUUGCAUCUGUUGGUGAUUCCCGUUGUAUAUUAGACACCCAAGGUGGAGCUGUUACAAACUUAACUGUUGAUCACCGACUUGAAGAGAAUAUCGAAGAGAGGGAACGUGUUACAGCUAGUGGAGGUGAAGUUGGGAGGCUGAGCAUUGUUGGUGGUGCAGAGAUUGGUCCCCUUCGUUGUUGGCCAGGCGGUUUGUGCCUUUCUAGGUCAAUUGGAGACAUGGAUGUUGGGGAGUUUAUAGUUCCUAUACCAUAUGUCAAACAAGUGAAGCUAUCAAAUGCUGGCGGGAGGCUUAUAAUUGCUUCUGAUGGCAUCUGGGAUGCUUUAUCCUCAGACAUGGCUGCAAAAUCUUGCAGGGGUUUGCCAGCUGAACUUGCUGCUAGGCAGGUUGUCAAGGAAGCAUUGAGAACAAGAGGGUUAAAGGAUGACACAACUUGCAUAGUCGUUGACAUAAUUCCUCCUGAAACUGCAAUGCCACCGCCGCCUCCCCCAAAAAAGAAGAACAAGUUAAGGGCUCUGCUUUUCAGGAAGAAGUCUCGUGAUGCUGCUGGAAAGCUAUCAAAGAAGCUCUCAGCUGUAAAUAUAGUGGAGGAACUGUUUGAAGAAGGAUCAGCCAUGCUUGCUGAAAGAUUAGGUAAUGAUGAGAAUACAGGGAAAUCAACAUCAGGUCUCUUUAUCUGCGCUGUGUGCCAAGUGGAUCUUGCCCCAAGUGAGGGCAUCUCUGUUCAUGCCGGUUCAAUCUUCUCGACCAGCUCGAAGCCCUGGCAAGGUCCUUUUCUAUGCGCUGGUUGUCGCGAUAAGAAGGAUGCCAUGGAAGGGAAGCGUCCUAGUGGAAUCAAAGUCUCAUAGGUUGCUUAAUUGGUUUAUUUAUCCCUAUUCUUUACGCUGCCUUUAUUAUUCGUUUUUUGUAGCAGUCAUAUUUGUUCAUAGAUCAAGUAAUUAGUUGAUGAUCAUCGAUCACUGUCAUGUCAUGCGGCAACAGAUGUGCAUCUAAUGUUCACAAAAUAAUGUAAGAUGGGCACUGCAUUUUUAGUAGCAAAGGCUCUCGGGGAACCUGGUACUGGGUUUUCAGGUAUCAGCAAAGCGCUUUCAACUUUUUUUUAUCAGUGAAAACUUGGAAUCUUUAAGUUGAAGUUUGGAGGUACUUAAUCUUCAACAGAAUUGAAGUUGCUUAGAAAUGUAUUAUACAGUUACAUUGAGUGUCUAUAAAAAAAAAAAUAUAAUUUUAAAUUACUGUA